CCAGAACCGCUUGUGUAACUUUGCAAAUGUGCCAGAAAGUUUAAAAUCUCUCCUCCUUCCUUCACUCCAGACACUGCCCGCUCGCCGGGGCCGCGGUGUUCUUCGUUGUCUUACUAGACUUAGGGAAGAGGAGAGAAGCGGAUGCCCAGUCGCCGCCUUCCUCACUGGAGAAGGGUCUGCAGCCCACCCUGGGCACUGCUUGGCUGGGACUGGUAGCCGUGCUCCGCCCACCUCCCCGCUGGAAGAUUUCUCCCCCUCACGCGAUUUGAGCCCCGUUCUUGUUCUUUCCGAGCUAAGCCCCGUCGGAGCGGGAACAGCCGGGCAAAGAGAGCGAUGCGCGUCUGGACCGCCCUCCUGCUCGGGCCGCUGCAGCUCUGCGCGCUGCUGCGCUGCGCCCCGCCCGCCGCGGGUCAGCAGCAGCCGCCUCGCGAGUCGCCGGCGGCUCCGGGCGCCUGGCGCCAGAGGAUCCAAUGGGAGAACAACGGGCAGGUGUUCAGCCUACUGAGCCUGGGCUCCCAGUACCAGCCGCAGCGCCGACGGGACCCGGGCGUCGCCGCUCCAGGCGCCGCAAACGCCUCCGCCUCGCAGCCCCGCACGCCGAUCCUGCUGCUCCGGAACAACCGCACGGCCGCUGCUCGAGGGCGGGCUGCCUCUUCGUCCGGGGCCGCAGCCGGCCGCCCCCGACCCGCCGCCCGCCACUGGUUCCAGGCUGGUUACUCCUCGUCGGGGGCCCGCGACGGGGGCGCCUCGCGCGCGGGUAACCGCACGGCGCCGGAAGAGCGCCCGGCGCUGAGCAACCUGCGGCCGCCCAGCCGCGUGGACGGCAUGGUGGGCGACGACCCAUACAACCCCUACAAGUACUCAGACGACAACCCUUAUUACAACUACUACGACACAUACGAAAGGCCCAGGCCUGGAAGCAGGUACCGGCCAGGGUACGGCACCGGCUACUUCCAGUACGGUCUCCCGGACCUGGUGCCCGACCCCUACUACAUCCAGGCGUCCACGUACGUGCAAAAGAUGUCUAUGUACAACCUGAGGUGCGCUGCGGAGGAAAACUGCUUGGCCAGCUCAGCAUACAGGGCAGAUGUCAGAGAUUACGAUCACAGGGUCCUGCUAAGAUUUCCCCAAAGAGUGAAAAACCAAGGGACAUCAGAUUUCUUACCAAGCCGACCAAGAUAUUCCUGGGAAUGGCACAGCUGUCACCAACAUUACCACAGCAUGGAUGAAUUCAGCCACUACGACCUCCUUGAUGCCAGCACCCAGAGGAGAGUGGCUGAAGGCCAUAAAGCGAGUUUCUGUCUUGAGGACACGUCUUGUGAUUAUGGCUACCACAGGCGAUUUGCAUGUACUGCACACACACAGGGGUUGAGUCCUGGCUGUUAUGAUACCUACAAUGCAGACAUAGACUGCCAAUGGAUUGAUAUUACAGAUGUGCAACCUGGAAACUACAUACUAAAGGUCAGUGUGAAUCCCAGCUACCUGGUGCCUGAAUCGGACUAUUCCAACAAUGUUGUGCGCUGUGACAUUCGCUACACAGGCCAUCAUGCGUAUGCCUCGGGCUGCACGAUUUCACCGUAUUAGGAAGCAAGCCAAAACUCCCAAUGGAUAAAUCAGUGCCUGGUGUUCUGAAGUGGG